AUGAGUGAUACUCCCCCCAUCCUUGAUACCCCCGACUGCCAGAAUGAGUCCCAGCAGCUGAGUGAGGCGCUCGAGGAGUGCAUCCGCAGCUUCACACAGGAGCACCAGAAGCUCAAGAGCCCCAAGGCCGCCUACCUGGCCAAGUGUCUCGAGCUGGAGGCCUUGUCCAGCACAAGCGACUCUAGCCUGCCGACCUCGCCGCUGGAGCUGCGCAUGUUCCGCACCAGCGCCAUGGAGCACGGUCGCAUUCUGGGCAAGAUGCGGGAGAACAUGGCCAAGGACCAAGAGGCGUUUGAGGCUGCCCACAGCCGGGCCAUCGAUCGUCUUGUCGACCAGCUGUUUUUCCUCUUGGGCCCGUUGCUCACCGAGAGGGCCAAGCGAGGGGAGUGCUCACCCAGUCAAUCGCCACAGCCUGAGAUCACUCUUGGCCAAGCGAUUGAAGAGGGGGAUGAGAGAUUGCCUUCGUCAGACAGUGAACACGAGCAAGUCGUCAGCCCAAGGAAAAAGCAACCGAAGAAGACAAAGACACGUAAAGGUACCCCUCGCUCUCGCAACGUUGAGUUUGAAGACAUCUACCAGGACGGCGAGCCGGAUCAACCACGAGCUAUCGUGCGGUACCCAGAGAACCACGGCCACUUCUACAUCCUCCACUGCGGCCGCCACGACCAAUAUUUCGAGACCCUUUUCAACGGAGCGUCGCAUCUCAGCCAUGCCGAUCACGGAGGCAAGAGGCCGAACCACCGCGCGGUAGUCCAGAAGCUCGGCGUCCUCGUCUUGGGAUGCAGCGAGAGCCUGGCGAAGAAGAACAAUGCUCUUCUCGGCCUCAACCCCCCUCAUACCGGUAAAAGAAAGUCGUCCUCUACCCAGGAACAUGACCCAAAGCGAUCCAGAGCUUCUAGUGCCAGCUCUCAUCGCCGCCGGUCAAUUGCUUCCGAGCAUGGGAGGAAUACAGAGGAAGCACCUGCACGCCGCCAGAACCAGACUGCCGUCGCAACUGCGUCCAGUGGCCGAGCGCGUCGCGGCGAGAUCACGCCGCCCCCCGAGAAGGUCUACGAGUCCAUCCUCGACCCUGUUCCAGGAGAGAUAUACUUCUGCCUGGUCAGUGAGACGAGGAGCUACGUGCCCGUCCUCCUUCUCCCGAUGGAGAACCUCGAGGAUGCGGGCAUCCAGGGAACCCUCACCUCUCUCGGACUCAUGGACGACCUGCCCAACGCUUUCGUACACAACCCCGAGACUGGCAAGCUGGACUGGGCGGAGGGAUACGACGAGAAGGGGAAGCUGGCGGCCAAGCGCGCAUUCCCUGCCAUCUACCUGACCAGCAAGAAGUUCCCGGCUGGCUGCCCCGUCGCCUGGGUCGCCGCGAUGAAUCUACGGAAGUGGGAUCUAAGCAGCACCAGUGUCCCGCUCAGGAUGAACGAGCACUGUGAGGUUCUGAGGUACAUCAUGCGUCAGCGAGAAGAGAUGAUGCUCCCUCGCCGGCGUCAAAAGUCUGCCGAGAGCAUCGAUGAGGCAGCUAGGGAGGCGACGCGAGCCGAUACUUCUGCAGUCGACGCAGUGGCAUCAAGGGGCUCUUCUGUCGCCCCCGGGGAAAUUUCUCGUCCCACAUCUCGCAUGGACAUAGAGAUCAUCGAGAUACUUUCCUCUUCAGAAAGUGAGGAUGAAACUGAGGAGAUCACGCAGCCAGACCCCCCUUCAAUCUCCCAACAGCACCUUGACGAUGCUCCGGUGACAGAGGAGCCCUCAGCUAUUUCUCGUGAAGAUGCUGAUGCGCAGGAUACGGCCGAGUCUGCCGUCGAAAGGGAUGUCGAAGAUCCGACGGACUUUGCAGUCGUCGCCAACGAAGAUCCUGAUGAGGAUGGGCUGAGGUUUACCACGCCGCCUUCAUUCGUCGCUGAUGGAGAUCUUGAUGCUUCCAUGGAUGCCACCCUUUGUAUCGAUGAACUCUCUUCGCCUGAUGCCCCAUCUCGGCUGCCCAUCUCGGAUGAAAAUACCGAGGACGCUACAGCAACUAUUGCCAUGAAGGAUGGUAUCGAGCGCUCCAAGGCUGCUUCUCCUAAGAAGGUCCCCGAUACAGUUGAUGACUUGGUGAAGGGUACAACCCCUACCAAUGCUCAUCAAGAUGCUGAUGACAUCUUGGAGGCUGGUUACACGUCAGUGUCUCACAAAGAUUUUGAUGAAGCAAUGGAGGAUGCACCUCCUCUAAUCCUCCCAGAUGAAGAUGACGAUAAUAUGAUGGACACGUCACCGCCUUCUGCAGUUUCUGAAGAAGAACUUGAUAAAGUAGGAGUUGCACCCUCUGUGAGCCAUCCUCCGGAAGAUAUCCAUGACUUGAUCCGGAGCUCAACUCCCAACGCCAUUUCCACUGAUGACUCAAGUGCCUUGGAGAAGGCAAUUCCCCCUACAGCAUCAGACUGCCCAGCACAAGAGCAGGUGUAUGAUUCCUUGCCUGCUGACGAAAAGCCAUCCCCGUCAACAUUAUGUUCAGACUCGCACGGCAAACCAACUCAAUCAAACACUGCUUCUACUCCAACUCAAGAAGGAACUGGCACAGAACGGUCACCAUCACUCUUCAGCAAGGGCUCCUCUAACGCAUCUCAGACUGGACCACCUUUAUUUUCACAUGAUGGAGGAAUUGAAGCCGUAGAUCAUCGAGACUUUGCCUUUGUUAGGAAGAGAAAGUAUGUCUCUCCUUACGUUCCUCUCGAGAACCCUACCGAGGGAACAAAUAGGUCAGUCUCUGCAAUCAGCCCAAGCACCAAGACGGAGAGCGGACAGAAGUCUUUGGCAUCUCCCCUGGUCACAGUGAUCUGUCUCAAUGAGAGCGCAUUGCACAACAGCAAGCCAGACAAACCGAGCAUGAGUUGCCCUAGUCUGGAGUCGGCCCGCAAUGAUGUCGACAAAAUGCGGUCCGAGAAUGUUGAUCGAGUAUCAUCAAAGGUAACAGAGACCAAAAGGCAGUCCAACACUUCGGUAGUGCGUUCUCCUCUCCCACCGGCCACUGCUAUAACAUCUGAUGACUCCAUCUUGUCAUCACACAAAUCAACUCCAAUCCCACCUGUCAAGCCUGAGGCGGCCAAGACCGGUCGUCACUCGAAUACCAAGUCAGCCUUCACAACAACAGCACAAGAUACCCGAGCUCCUUCUCCUCAAACCACGACAACUCGUGCCAAAUCACCCAGUCCACGUGCCAUACCGUCCAUUGCGGAUAUCCUGGCCACGAAUCCCGAUACCCUUUCCGCUCAACAUCACAGCCCUCGGCAAACCAUGGAUCGCUCCAUUCCCCCUGGUCUUCCCCAGAUCUUGUCGGGGAAUGUCUUGCCAGAACUCGAGAAUGUGGAUAUAUCAAGAGCUGCAUGCAGUCCACCCUCGAAGCACGGUUUUGCCAAUAUCCUUAAUCAUUCUCCAGUCGACACCAACAUGGCAUACACCAGUAAUCAACAAGAAGUCCGUGGCAAUGCUUUGGUGCCCCAAAACACCUGCAACUCAUUGUUACAACACUUGGCAGCCCAGGCGACAGAAGCCACCGUCCCCCAGGGUGAACGCGAACACACAGCCAACCAUCACCCUCCAGUAGGUGAAUCUGUGGGCAGGACAUAUACCCAGCGCCAUGUUGUGCCCUCUUCUGCUUCACACAACCGUGAAUCCAGUCAGAGCUCGAUGAACUCGCAGCCGCACAGCUCCGGCGGGCGUCUUGCCUCAUCAGGCAAUGCUCCAUGCUCCCCAAGUCUGCUGCAGGAAGAGGCAAGGCAAGCGUUGGAGAAGAUUCAGGGCUGCACCAUGCAACGAAAUGACUCACUCGAUCAGCAUAAGCAGAGACAUGUGGCCUUCCAGCAGGGACUUCCUUCGCCCACACCCCCAACGACGGGGUUGGCUGCGCAGUAUGCUGAAGCAAGAAUGGAAAGGAGGGAGCCAUACGAUUACCGGGCUCCAUUAUCCCCAACUGACUCACAACACCAAUCUCCGUCGUGCCCACCGUUUGCGUUCACAUCAGGAAGGCCACCACACCUACCGGAGCCACGCGCAUUUUCCAGAGGUCCAGAGCUUGGGAACCAACAGUCUCUUCCAGAGGGACAGGAAAUACCCUCCAUGCGAACUUCUCCUCCUGUCCAUCACCACAAUUCCUUCACGCCGCACAACCACCGUGCCCAACAAAGAACCGCUCCGCAAGCCCCUACUCCAGAGGACCGGACUCGCAUGGGUCCUACACCACCCUCGUCCGACCUCGGUCAAGGAGCAGGGGCUCAUGAUCUGAUGUGGACUGCAGUCUCGCAGGCCGCGAGCUCGGCUCCCUGGCUCGUGACACCACCCGGCGGCGUGAACGAGCAAGUCCAGGUGCCUAAGCGCUCGGGAGCCAACGAUUACAAGAUAAAUAUCCAAUCCAUGAGAUCUUCUCUAAAUACUUACGUGUGUGAUUACUGCCCUUCGAGGAACAAGAAACACUACCAGACCGCUGGCUGGAUGAAGAAGCACCUGGAGCAAGUUCAUGGUGUGGCCGCCCGGUCCAUGAUCUAA